CUCCUGGAGCUUAUAUAAGAACAAGCAAUUCUCUGCAAAUACCAUCUCAUGCUUAAGAGUUUUCUCACUGACUUCUAAGUUAAAAUCCUUCACUCUUCUUCUCUUACAUUCUAUUCAGCGUCCGCUCCAUUUUGUUAACUACACAUCUUCUGCUCUUAACCAUUUAAUACAGAUUACUGAGAGUUAAACUUUCAUGGCAUCGAUGUCCUCCCAUGGCUCAUGGACAGUUAAGCAGAACAAAGCUUUUGAGAAGGCUCUGGCUGUGUAUGACAAGGACACUCCUGACCGUUGGUACAAUGUUGCCAAAGCUGUUGGUGGCAAGACCGCCGAGGAGGUGAAGAGGCAUUACGAAAUCCUCGUGGCAGACAUCAGGCGCAUUGAGAAUGGCAAUGUGCCCUUCCCCAACUAUCGUACCACUGGAGGUAAUAUGCAAGGAUGAUAAAUCGCUGUGGUACGUAAAGCAUGACAAUGGAGCCAGUAGUCGUCCCAAAUAAAGAUGCAUGCAUCAAGUAAUGCAGCAACAACUCAAGAAUCACAAGAUCCCAUUCUUGUCUUUUAUUACUUACUUCUCUUGAAAUUUUUAUUAUUGGUGAUAUAAAUUGAUCACCAAGUGCUUGUUUAUUUUUUCUGUUCUCAUGUAUUAACUAUAUAAAAAAGCUCCAAAGAAAAUAAUUGUCCAUUUUAUGUAAAAUCAUACGUGCGGUUGGUAAUAGAUCUGCAAGUACCAAGUAUCUAAUAUGUAACUCAUGAACAAACUGUUCUCAAUUAAACUGAGAUCUGGUGAAAUAAUUGUAACUAAUAAUGAGAACAUAGUUAGGGA